CGGUCCUAACCUCUCUCCAUGAGCCGUGUUUGAGCUCCGGACGUGCGGGCGUAGUUUAUAGGAAGGAGACCGUUACCGUUACCGUUAUGAGACGGAAUGCUUUAGAGACUGAAAACAUUCCACAUUAUGAUCUCUCUAUCUCUCCUGCUGUAAUGUGAUGUAUGAUAGACUAGCCGUGUUUUCACACUCUGGCCUGGGUUCCUCCGCCUGGCCUCUGAUCAGACUGCCGUUGUCCCUGCUGCUAUUUAAAGCCCACAAUCAUCCGGGAUGUGGUACAGAAGUGAUUUAGAAGAUGGAUACGAGUCUACUAAAACAGGCUCCAGUGGCGGUGGUUCUCCAGGAUGGGCCCCUGGCCACGAAUCAGCCUGGCACAACAACCCCCCCGGCCCUGGGAACGGUAUCUGUGGUGGGCGCCGCCACAGCACAGUGUCCGACAGCGGUGACACUGGCAUCGGCACCUAUUGCUCUGACAGCGUGGAAGACGACUCCAGUUCCAGUACCACGCCUCUGUCCUCCCAGCCGCUGGCCCAGCAUCCCAUGGGCCCUGAAGACAGUGCCGUCCCCAUGGUCCACGUCAUGCUGUCUCCGUCCUCCUCACCCUACACCAGCUUUAGAAUGCCAGCCUCACCCAGCAGCACAGGGCGCUGGAGCAGGUCCUGUCAGCUGCUUUCGCCAGCCAUGUCUCCCCUGGGUGCACCAAGCAGUGUGGACAUAAAGGACCAUCAGCCUAUCCGGAGGUGGUCCUCUCUCACCAAGUUGUCCUCUGAUAAGUGCUCCCCUAGGACGUCAGGCGAUCAGUUCAACCCAGAUUCACACGGCUCCCUGGACAGAGGUCGGCUAUAUGGGUACAGAAAGGAACCCCUUGGUUCAAACGUGGACCUUUAUCUACCUUUAUCUUCCUCCUUGCACUGCCAUAGCUUGCUGCAGCGCUCACCAGGUGCUGGCCCCUGCUACCGAUACAACCACAGCAGCAGAUCCAAUGGUUUGGAGACAGACCUGUCCCUUUCCUCAGCUCUGUCCUCGUCGGUAAAACACAACAGUAUGGACAUGUACUAUAGUGCUUUACCAGAAGCUAAACUGGCUCGGGGAGGUGCUCAGGUUUAUGGCCUCAGCAGUCCCACACAAACAAACUCACCACUGGGUCACCAGACUGAUAGAGGCUCUCCCAUUCAGCCUGCAGUCCGCACCCAGAUGUGGCUGACUGAGCAGAUGGAGUACCGGCCCAAAGUAGAGGGGGGACUUCAACUGGGUCAGAUCAGUGCUACUGGAACAGAGGGCUGUGGUGGAGACGGGCCGUUGUCAUGUCAACAUGGACGUCAUCAGGAACCAGGGCUUAACCAGAUGCUGAUGGGGACCUCCCUUCCUAUCAACACUCUGGUGAAGGUUAAAGAGGGGCUGCUGAGGCAGAGAGAGCUGGAGAUAGAUAGACAAAAGCAACAGAUCUUGCAGCUCCAUGCACGGAUCAGAGAGAAUGAGCUCCGAGCUCAGCAGGUCCUCCAGGGCCAGAGAGGCCACAGUCCAAAUACUAAGGAACCAGCGAUGAGAGCACCAUGCAAACAGCCGUCUGAUAGGCCGUGCUGUGAUGAAGAACUGGGGAGGAAGCUAGCGGUGGCUGAACUGGAAGUUCUCCAGUUGAAUGAGUUCUUCAAGCAAGUCACACGAAAAUAUUCAGAAGACAUGAGAAAACUGGAGGAGAAGAUAAAGACGAGGGAUCGCUACAUCAGCAGUCUGAAGAAGAAGUGUCAGCGAGAGAGCGAACACAAUCAAGAAAAACAGCAGCGCAUAGAGAUACUGGAGAAAUACCUGUGUGACCUGCCGACGCUGGACGAGGUGCAGGCCCAGGCCCAGCAGCAGGAGGAGGUCCAGCAGAAAGCCGAGGAUCUGGAGAAAACAGCGUCUGGGUUACAGAAGAGCCUAGAGGAAGGAUAUGCUCUGAUGAAGGAGAAAGACCUCAGGAUUCACAUGCAGGCUAUGAGGGAGAAGGAGCUGAUUGCAUCUGUACAAAGCCUGCAGCAGAAGGUGCGGUACUGUCUGGAGGACGGGGUGAGGUUACCCGUGCAGGACCUGAAGCUGCUGGAGGUGGAAAACUCUCAGCUUGUGGAGCAGCAGGACCACAGCAGCAGGCUGAUUGAGCGUCAGACAGAGCGGAUUGAGAGGCUGACCUUGCAGCUAACGGCCACCAGUACAAGACUGCAGAAGACAAGAGGCCUUCCUCAUCGACAACAGUCUUCUCCGCUAGAGAAGGAGGACAGCCUGGCCCCCCCAUCCAGAGACGUCCCACAGCAGCGGCGGAUGGAUGAAGGGCUGUCGGUGCCUCCCCUGUCCCAGGUGGAGAUGCCUGAAGUGGGCCGGCUGCUGAAGGAGAUGUCCUUGUGUCUACUAGACCUCCAGGCUCUCUGCAGCAUCCUGGCCCAAAGAGCUCAGGGGAAGGAGCCCAACCUGUCUCUGUUGCUGGGCAUGAAGUCAUUGAGUGUCUCAGCAGAAGAGAGCGACUGCAGAGUGGUGGUGGAAGAGGAAGUGAGGUUGAAGCUGCUGGAGGUUGGCCAGCUCAGGAGAGACAUCGAUGAGCUGAGGAAAAGCAUCUCAGACCGCUACGCUCAGUAUAUGGGUGACAGCUGUGUCUCCCAGUGACACCCAGCACCCUCUAACCCACUGGGUGUGUGUUUCAACUCUUUUACUUCCAAAUACUUCAAAGAAGAAUUAUAUCAAUUAUAACAACAGUUACAAUGCAGGCUUUCCCGUGAAAUUCAUAAACUUGUGAGGAUAUCAAGGACCAGAGGGAACCAUGUUUUCAUACUGACAAUGGAUCGAAUCAUGUGUAACGUAAAAGAGAGCUCACUCAGCCUGACGGAGGGUUUCAUCUGCCAGAUGUGUAAAUAAGCUGCUAUUAUAAGCCAGCACAUUCACCAUUACAACUUUAUAAGGAGACAUGUCAAUGUUGUAUUUACAGCUUGUUGCGCUGCCCCCAAGAAGCCCAAAAUGUCUUCAUUUAAUGGUUUAAAUAAAUCCUACCAGUCGUAUUCCUAUAAGCCUGAAGAAGAUUCAUUCAAACUUAACAAAAAACUUUCAACUCAAAGGCAAAUUCAGAGUGAUUGUGAUGUGACUGAUGGUCAAACUGGAUAUUCAUAUUCACCUUCCAAAAUCCCGCCUCAGCUAGUGGACCUCGUGCACCUGAAACGCGUUAGAUAACCGUUAGAAACUCUUUAAAUGUCUUAAUAAGCAAUAUGAAGUGUGCAGAUGUGCUGAUAAGCAGCUGAUUAUUGGUAAUCAAUAAGUAAUUCACUAAUGACUCAUGAGGUGAUACUCAGCUGUUAGAAAGAAACAAACUAUUUAGCAGCUGUUUGAGAUGUUUAUUUGUACACUGAUCACAUGUAUUUGGCAUCACGUAUGUAUCAUUUGUUUCCCAUGACCCUCGGGGGAAUGUUGCAGCCAAAGAUGCUGAAAGAGCAAACUGAACCAGCACGUGCACUUUUUGGUUGAGUUUGUCUUCUGUGGCAGAGAAUCAGUUCAUCCCACAAAUGAACUAACUGUCAAACAUUUCUGUCUAUGAUUUAAUAGGUUUAUAUUAUUUAAGUACUCUAAGUAACCAUGACAACCCAAAUCAAAGGUUGUCACAGUUGGUGUGUUCAGUCCACUUUCUUCCUCUCUAUAAGAAACGAUCCUUCUAGUUUUACUGCCAACAUCUCUGAAUGCCAAAGCUAAGUUUAUUAACAGCUUUUUAACAGUGAUCUUCAUGAAUAGUAUGUUUUUUUUUGCAAUAUGGAGGUUUGCUCUUAUUUGUUCAGAAGGCAAAUAAAAUUAUUUUUCUACAGAA